AUGGGUUUGGCUCCAGCGACGUCCGACUUCCCGGGCCCCAAGGCCUCUCCUGAGCCAAGCUCGACCCGGCUGAAUCCCUUCGAUGACAGCGACGUCUCGUCCCGCAAGCGCCGGCGCACGUCUGCCUCGGGCUCGGGCUCGCCAUCUGCAUCGGUCGAAACAGGCGUCUAUCUGUCCGACUCGGGCUCGAGCCCAUUCUACACCACUGUCAACGCCAUGCCGGUCCUGGACGGCGCAGUCCAGCCCAGCCAGGAAUCCAAACAGCCUCGCACCCCGCCUCAGAAUGUCGACUCGCCCACCAUCCCUCCCGACCCCCCUGCGUCGAGAGGAAUCACUAUUAAUCUUAGAAAUCCGCCGUCCAGGGCGUCUACAGCAUCUCCUACCCAGCCAACCCCCGAAGAAGACAAGGCCAAGAAGAGCGUCGAGGAAGCUGAGCCUGACGUAGCCACAAAUGCCGAUGCCGACGAUGGCCCACAGACUCCGCCAACAGGGUGGCGUGCCUCUCUCAGUCCCCCGAUUGAAGAGCUGUUCCCCGGCGAUCAUGAGAUGCCAGACCAGGCAGAUGUCGAACUUGCCGCCAACACAUUUAGCCCCCUCGAUACCGGGAAUGUUCCUCCUGCAGACCCUACUAUGCAGUUUCCUUACUGUGAUGCGGAUACGCUACCAGAGACCGUGACUCAAGUGAGCAUAUACGAGCAAGUACGGGCGUGGUUAGACCUAUAUGUCCAGUUCGCAAAGGCUAGGACACCAGAAGAUACCUUCAAUUCGGUCUACAACAAUAGGGUCUUCUGGCAAUCAUUCCUGGGUCUUUGCGGCCUCAUCACAAAUAAAAAUCUCUCCCCUUCAGCUCCUCCAAGGUUACCAAUCCUACAAAGAUUGGCAUGGAAGUUUUCCCACUCUUUCGUUGCGCUCACAGCGCAGCUUGUCAUCGUCGAUUUCCAUACUGUCCGCGACUGGCAAGCCGGUGCUUUUCAGUCCAGUUCUGAGAGCCCGUCAUUGAUUUCUAUGGACUAUCUUCGACAGCUUCAUCAAUUAGCCCAGCGCAGCAACUAUGGUCCCGGCAGUGACCCUGAUUCGCCUAAUUCUGCUUCAUUGGGCCGAUCAAAUUUAAUUGCAUUCUUCAUAGAACAACUGCAUGACUUUACUCUCGAGGUCAUCGACUCACUUUGCGUGUUUGCAACGGGUCUCAUUGAAAUCGUACAAGCUUUCCCGAGACUGGUCAAUAUUCUCACACCUGUUAUUCAAUCUCUCACAGAUUGUCUGAACGAGUCUUGUCGUCCUGUGCGCCCGGGCGAACCAGAUGAGAUGACUGUCAAGUCGAACUUGAUUCAUGUCUACCAUGUAUGGGGAGACUUUUCAUCGCUCUUACUCGAAAUCAUCGAAAAGCACGUCGGAACUUUAAGCAGUGACGGUGUUUCUGCGCAAAUCCAAGCGUUGGCGGAAUUGCUCAGGCGUUGUCUGCUAUAUGACGGUGAGGGAAACAUUACAUUGCUAAACGAGCACAGGGCAAUGUAUCCAGAUAUCGAAGGACCACUUGUUUACGAAGCCAUAUUAUGGGGGUGGAAAGUGGGCAUCCUUGAGAGAUUGAUUAAAUCUAGCCAGAUGCCGUUGCGGCUUAUGUCCGUCACUACCAUGUGUUCCGAACUCGUCACUGCUUGGAAACGAUAUGGCAUUCAAAGUGCAGUCCCAAACAGGCAGUUCACCAAUCAUUUGGGUCGCCUCCUCCUCCAGACAGAACUGAUAGACUACAUCCUCGGCCCGAAUUGCCAUCCAGAGCUCAUCACUGAAAGCGCCAACAUCAUUGGAUACUUGAUUGUUACUAAAUUGUACGAUCAGGCGCAUACCGAUCGGUUGUGGCAGGGAAUUACAGAGACUCAGGACCCCCGCGUAGCGAAAGCUGUUGCCAAGAUGGCAAACUCGGUCGCUAAUCUUCUCGAUUAUCCUACGCUGAUGUCUCUCUGUGAGAAGCUCCAAGCUCUUCCAACCCCCGAUUUCAACCAGGCCACCAAAGCCCUCUGGGAUACCAUACACCAGGAGCUGCUAUCGCGAUGCAGAGCGGAGGGAAUAACUCUCGGCUUUCUUCCAUAUGACCUCUGCUUGAGAUUGUUGAGGGAGGCGUUCAUAUCUUCAGAUGACCCUCAACCGCCCAGCAUGGAAGCGCAAUCAGCAGCUAUGGACAAGUUCAGAGCCCUUUUGCAAUUUGGCCCGGACAGCCAGGGGCGUCAAGAGUUAUAUUCUAGCUGUAUCAAAGAUAUUGCAGCCAAGUCCCCCACCACACUGGGUAGUCUAUGCUGUCUAACAAUGGCUAUUCGUCCGAAUAUAGCUGAUGAGAUGGACGUUCUCAUCCAAGAGCAUGACCUCGUACGAUUGUUAGUGGAAGAGCUGGGCCACGCGGUUAAGUUAGCCCGGACUACCAGCGCCUCUUUGGUAUUCCAUGGACGCUUUAACCAGCCAAGGAAAGAUUUCAUUGCGAAUCUCGUUCGCCUCCGACCAGACGCAAUAUCCGAAGAUUUGGGUAAAAGGCUUUGGGACCUACUCGUCGGGCCGGCUUGUCUUUCCGAUGAAGAUCGAAAUGCGGGAUGGGAGGUCUUCAUGGAUUUUGGCCCCGGGAAGGUAUCCAAAAAUCCGUUUCUGCAGCUCUGUUUUUCUCAGUAUCUGCCCGAUCUCCCCCCUUCCUGCUUUAGUCGUGGAAUGCUCCUUUGUGUCAAGAAGAUUGUCCUCGCAGCAGUAAAUAAUGCUGAGGUGGAUUGUGAUCUUGAUGAUGAGACGUUCCUGAAGGGAAACGGCAUUGAACAGCUCUGGCGUUUCGUCAUGGGUACCAGCCAUGCCUCAAAUGCGGAGGACGCGAUUGGUAGUUUGGCCGUUGGCGUAUACAUUAAGAGCCAAGCCAUUACGGCAUAUCCCUUCAAUCGAGCCCGUCGGGUUCAAUCAGCUUUUGUCAACCGCUGUUUGAGCCAGUUGAAGGACUCUGCGAUGAAGAUUAUGGCAUCGAGCGAUGGAGCAUCAAGCGGCGAAGAUGAGCCAAUGGUGAUGGUCGCAACUGAGGAGGAAAUGCUAGAGCAAGAGCGCAUCUUCACUAGAGCCUUGCAGCUUCUUAGGGUCUUUAUGGAGUUUCAUUAUACGAAACCCACCCUGUGCGCUCCCGAUUUCCGAUCAAUUUUUCAUGAGGCGCCGUGCCAAGUUGAAGGAGAUCUCACGGCACUCAAAUACCAGUCUUUUGACGAUGGCCAAGCAACAGCAAUAAAGCCAUUACACGUCGGUAAACUAAACACGGCGGCCGAACUGAUAUCCAACUUGAAGUUCGAGACCGGCUUCGACAAUUAUCGUGCGUUUUACCGAGGCCGGCAGUUCCUCCCCUUGGCGAAGCAAGUACGUGCAUCUCUAGAGAGCUUGCACGUUGAGGAAGGCAUGAUAUUAGUGAAACGCGAAGAAAAUGACCUUUCAGGCUCGACCCAAAUCCCGUCUGCCGCAUCGCCACUUGAGAUUCAAGUCAUGUCUCACUUCUCGGAGCUCUGGGGCUACCUGAGCUUGGACGAUAGAAUCGCAAAAGAGGUAUACAGCCUCCUUAUCAAGCUCCCUACCGGCCGCCACAUCAUCAACUUGUUUGAGAGCCCAACAACGGUGUACACAGACCUCUUUCCCCCAGGACAGCCUUACAAGUUUCUAUAUGCCAUUCAAGCCAUUUCUAAGCACAUUGAGUCUGUUCGUUUGGCAGAAUCUAACAGCAAUAAAGUUGGGAUCUCAUACAAAGAGGCUCUGAGGACUUCUUCCUCUCUGGUAUCGCAAGCAAUUUCCGAUGAGAGUCUUCUGGAUCAAAUAAACCCUGUGUUGCAGGUUGAGCUCAUGGGAGCUUUAAUGCAUACAUUUACGCAACUCUUACGAAAUACGCGGCUGUUGGGGGAAUCGCCCUCCGAGGACGGAGUCACGUACCCGGAUCCAGGUCGCCUUGUCAACAUCUUGGCCGACGCAGCAAACGGUGUGGAAGGGGAGUCCUCGCUGCCUUUAAUCGACACCACCCUCUCGUCCAUACUACAACUAUGUCUAUCGCGCAGUGCCUUCAUGAAGGAUAUUGUUAAUCUUGCCUCGUUCAAGAAGCUCCUUCAUAGAUUGAUUCUGCUUGACCCCCGCUUAGCGGUAAGGAGGCUCGUUGUCGACAUGAUCAAAAGGGCAGUGCGAAUGGAGGAUGACUCUGCAAAUGCUUUCCCAGAAGAUGCUAGACCGCCCUCUGUGCUGAUGCAAUACUUCUGGUUGGUUAUUUCGGAUCUUCUAUUUGAAGCGACUGGUUCUCCUCACCAAUGCCAGGAGUUCUUCGAUGGAAUUGACUAUCUCUUCUGCAAGGCUGCUCAAGCUAUACCCUGUGAGGUUAAUAUUCCACUCUUCGCUGGACAGGUCUGUGAGCUGCUGCUCAACCACACUUCCACUGAACAGCUUGAUCAACCAGAAUCACAAGAUCUUGUUGCAAAUGGUCUAUUAACUCUUCUACUGGGAUGUCUGCAAUUGGAUUGCACGCUAUCUGCCUCUCGGAUCUUGCCAGACAAUCUUGCUGAGGUUUUCUUUCAAAAGCUCCUUUUCCCACAGCGCCGACUGCAAUCAACACAACCUGUGCAAAGGGUGCUGCUGAGGAAAGAGACGCGAGCAAAAAUGUACGGAGCAAUUUUCAUAAUGAUUAAGGACAAUCCGAGAAGAUUUGGCUCGAUACUCCAAUGCCUCAAUUCCCUCGUCCCGUAUUAUUCAGAGGACGAAGAUGGUAACGAUACUUAUAUAUACGAUCUGCCAUACCAAUUUGAUCGCAAUAAGGCCAUUCGAGCGCAUGGCUAUGUGGGCUUGCGGAAUCUCUCAAACACGUGCUAUUUGAACUCAUUGCUCACCCAGCUCUUCAUGAACGGUGAAUUCCGCCGAUUCAUACUCGCAUUCAACAUUGAGGAUCCCAAUGAUUCUCAACAGCUGUUAUUUCAUACGCAAAAACUGUUCGGCUAUUUGCAAGACAGUUAUCGCCGUUGUAUCGAUCCAGGUCAAUUGGUUAACUCUAUCAAAACUUACGACGACGUCCUAAUUGACAUUCACAACCAAAUGGACGUGGAAGAGUUUUACAGCUUGUUUUUUGACCGAUUAGAAUCUCAGCCGAUGACGGAUGAUGAGAAAAAGAAGCUGCGGUCAAUAUACGGUGGGCAGCUGGUCCAGCAAGUCAAAUCGCAGGAGUGUGAGCAUGUAUCUGAACGUCUCGAGCCAUUUUCUGCAAUACAGUGCGAUAUUCACGGAAAGGUCUCGCUCCGUGAAAGCCUCGAUGCUUAUGUUCGUGGAGAGGUUUUGGAAGGUGAUAACAAGUACAAGUGCUCCUCUUGCGACCGACAUGUUAAUGCUGUAAAAAGGGCAUGCUUGAAAGAAGUACCAGAUAAUUUGAUCUUUCAUUUGAAACGAUUCGAGUUCAACCUUCGUACACAACAACGAAAUAAAGUCAACGACUACUUCUCAUUCCCUCCCACAAUCGAUAUGCGGCCGUACACAAUCGACCACCUGAGUAACCCAACGAAUACGGAUCAGCAAGACGAUAUGUUCGAACUGGUCGGUAUCCUCAUUCACGCGGGCACGGCGGAAUCAGGUCAUUACUAUUCCUAUAUCCGAGAGCGGACAUCGACGUGGGACCGUCCUAGCUGGGUAGAAUUCAAUGACGAUGUCGUAACGCCAUGGGACCCGCGUCAAAUGGCGGCCAGUGCCUUUGGCGGUACCGCGGGACAGCCAACGGGACUUGAUUCAGGUGGAACGGGCUUUGAUAAAACUUACAGCGCCUACAUGUUGUUCUAUCAGCGCUCGUCAUCUCUCCUCGCAGAGCAGCAAGCGCUGCUGUCUACUCAGGAGGUCAAAACUCCUCUCCACGUUGAUACUGACAUCACUCCGCUGAAGGAACAUAUUCUCAAUGACAAUACGGUCUUGCUCAAACGACACUGCCUGUAUGAUCCCAGUCACGUUGAGUUCGUACAGCAUUGUUUCAGGCACGCAAAGUUGCUCGAAUAUGAACCAUCACCCAGCCCAGAUGAAGAGCAAUCUCAAGAUUCAGGCCACGGCGCAACGGCCACACAUCCUCACGCAUUGAAAACACUGGCCAUGGAGAUGGCUCUCAGCCACUUUGACCAAUUAGUGACUCGAAUUGAAGGCACACCAAACUUUGAUUCAUUCGCGGCCAUGAUUCAAUCGGCUGUAGUGGAUUGCAGAGACUGCGCUUUUUCAUUUUUCGAGUACUUCAACAUCCGUCCCGAGGCAUUUAGGGCUUUAGUGCAACGGAAUCCAGACGCCGACGUUCGUGCCUUUACUGGCACCACGAUGGUUACUGUACUGAGGAAAAUCGCCACUGAGAUGCCGCAGAUUUAUGAUCGACUAAGCCGAAUUGAUGAUGAGAACGAGUUAGCUUCUAAUUCUUCAGGCCACGAAGAGUCUCUUCUGAAACCAUACGUCUUGGAAGAGGUGAUGGUCAGCUUCGACCGUCUUUGGCGAUUCUUUCAGUUUCAUCUUCGCUCCUGGGAUGAAGUCUUUGGCAUGAUGCUCCAGUUUGCCCAGCUAGGGCCACGAGAGGUAGCAUACUUGUUGUCUAACGACUUUCUGCUCAAAUUGCUGCGCAUCAUUGCGGCCGAUGCGUCCAUGGAGCUGCCACCCAACUACGCAAAGAUGUUACACACCAUCUACCGGCGGCCAGCUAACCGACCACCAUCGUAUGAAUCGAUCCUGAAACUCAUCAGCUACCUUCUAUCGCAGCUUGAGUCUACACUAGGUUCGCAGUACAUUGUCGACGCGCCAGAAGAUCGACUGGCCUUCCACGAGCCACCGUUUCCCUGGACCUCGGAUGAAGUUCACCUCAUCCACCACCACCCAGACCGUCAGCUGUCCAGCAUUUUCGUCGAAAAGCUACUCGGGAUUGAUCAAGCACGUGAAGCUACCCACAGCAUCCUAGGCCGCUUGACCGCAUUGUCGACUCAAAUGGACCUCAGGGUGUAUACCACUCUGCGGAGAAAGAUUCAAGGAGAUACGACAACGGAGCCAUUAGAUCCGUUCCUAAGAGGCGCCAGCGUUUAUUUGGAAACCACGCUUUCUGCUAGCCACAGCCAGAAUCUCAUGCGCCACAUCGCUGCGCAGGCUGAGAGCCUACAUAGCACUGAAGGCAUGGCGUUUCUGGAGCACUUCCAGGCGUCACUAAAUUUGAAGAGAAAAGAUGGGACAAUGGCGCAAACCACGGCAGCUAGUAGCCUCGAGACUUUGCCAGACUGGGUACCUCAUCUUCUUGCAUUCCCAGAUAACGAGUUGAGGUACAAUACCGAGCGCUUCCUAGAUGCGGUACUCUUCAGCUCGGCACCAAAUAUCUCAGCAGAAGAUACAACAAUGCAGGAUGGAAGAGAAGGCACAAGAGAUGUCAUCCAAAGGUUGGGAAUAGCGUGCCUGCUCUAUCUUCGAGAUGCACAUAUAAGACGUCGCAUUCUGAUCGGACGUGAUACUGCGGUCGCCAUGGUGCGAGUAGUUGGUAAAUGUGCAGACUAUUUCAGUUUGGACGCGGAAGACGACGACAAUGGUUCAGAUUUCAGAAUGCUCCAAGACGGUAUGCACCUAUUAUUCCUUGACUAG